AUGCUCGCCCUGGUCGCGAGCUCGGCGUCGUGGGUCGUCGGUCCUUCCUUGACCCCGCACCACGAGCGCGGCUUCGAGCUGUACCGCGCUCGCGAAUACGAGCGCGCGAUCCGCAUGUUUGAGCUUGCGCAGACGCUGCCCGGCGCGGGGGUGGACUAUAAGCGCGUAAAGAACGCGGGACAGGCUGGGUCAGCGACUGCGCCGCCAAACCCGAGAGAGUGGGGCGAGGCCCGGUUCGCAACGCAGCAGCAGAAGCUGAUUGCGCAGUACAACAUCGCGUGCUGCUGCUCGGCGAUGGGCGACGGCGUGCGCGCGCUCGAGAUCGUAAGGGCGUACCUCGACCAGGUGGCCGAGCCGCUCGACGCCCUCAACGAGAUGCUGGUCGACGACGACCUGCUGCCGGUGCGGGAGGGGCUGCGCGGACUGCGGGAGGAGCUCAAGAGGGAGGGGGGUGGCGGGCUAUUCGCGCCGCUCGGCAAGCUGAACGACUCGAUGCGCUCGCUGGCCGAGUCGGUUGGCGUCGAGUGGAAGUGA